AGAUUCGGGCUUCAAUGGCCCGAUGGCCUGACCCAACCCAAGAAAUGAAAUCACAGAUUUACGGUCAACCCACCGCUCUCCGAGAGUACAAGUGUCCAACCCAUAUAAGAACAGGAAAAUGGCCCAAACCAAAUCAGGAAAAUGGCGAUCUUUCCUGCUAAAUUACACCUUCAUCUCCUCCUAGCUUCCUUCAACAUCGUCUCCGUCUUCCUCCUCACCGCGGGAUCCGAGUCGGAAUCGGUCCUCGUUAACGACCUCCUGGCCCUCCAGUCUCAAUCGACGUCGGGAGUCAUCCACCUCGACGACAGCACAGUCUCCAGGUUCCUCGCCUCCACCACCGCUCCCCGCCCUUACUCCCUCCUCAUCUUCUUCGAUGCCGCCCAGCUCCAUGACAAAACAGAGCUCCGCCUCAAGGAGCUCCGCAAGGAAUUCGGCCUCCUUGCAUCCUCAUUUAUUGAAAACAACAACCGAUCCACCAAGCUCUUCUUCUGCGACAUCGAGUUCCGGGAGUCUCAGUCUUCGUUUCACCUCUUCGGUGUCAAGUCUUUCCCACACAUCGGUCUAGUAGGUGAGGCGGCUAGAUCCAUGAAAGAUGACUCAGAGCAGAUGGAUCAAAGCUAUUUCUCCCUGAUGGCUGAGUCCAUGGCUGAGUUUGUCGAGGCCAGAACUAAGCUUACCGUUGGCACGAUCCAUCGUCCGCCUAUUUUUUCUAAGCAACAGCUUACUGUGAUUGUCCCUAUCUUGUUGAUCUGGUCUCAGUUUAUGUUCAAGAAGAUCUUCACCAGAGAGACCCUGCUACUCGAUCCCAAGGCUUGGCUUGCUGGAGCAGUCUUUGUGUAUUUCUUUAGCGUCUCCGGUGCAAUGCAUAAUAUAAUCAGGAAUAUGCCGAUGUUUUUAGUGGACAGAAAUGAUCCUAGCAAGCUGAUUUUCUUCUACCAGGGGUCAGGGAUUCAGCUUGGAGCUGAGGGAUUUUUCAUCGGGUUUUUGUAUACUGUGGUAGGAUUGUUGCUAGCAUUUGUCACUCACUUUUUAGUUUGGGUGAAGGAUACCACUGUGAAACGUGUAGCAAUGAUUUUCGUGAUGCUCGUUUCUUUCUGGGCGGUGAAUAAGGUGAUUUCCUUGGAUAAUUGGAAGACGGGAUAUGUUGUCCAUGCAUUCUGGCCUUCUAAAUGGAAUUAAAGCCUCAUCAACCAGCGACAACAAUGAAGUGAUGAGCUAUUUUUGAAUUGAAUAUUUUAGUUGAGAAUCAGCACUGAAUUUGUUGGAUGUUAAAAUUUCAACUUUUGUUGCACAUAUUUUGGCCUGAUGAAAUUUUUGUUACUUGACAAAGGCCGAUUUUGCUUUAAAUCCAUGUCCUGUAAGAUUUUCUGAAAUUGAUUUUAUUG